AUGACCGCGCCCUCCCUCACACUAGAUUGCCCCUCUGGGGCCUGGGGCCGAACAGCAACAGCACCAGCAACAGCAGCUGAGCCUGCAGCUGCUGGAGCACCAGCAGGAGAAGCAGCAACACGCGCUGAAACAGCAGCAUUCUCAGUGAAAUCCGUGCGGGGACGUCGAGGAGCCCGACGGACCAGGCUGCCCCUUCUCCUUCCUGUUUUUAUAUUAUUUUUCUUAAGGAGCUGGUCACACGUUGCGGCGGAAACACCCCCAGAAAAUCCUUCAUCUGAAGAUGACAGUGAAGAAUCAAGUGGCGAUCAGAACAACAAUAACUCUACGGCACAACCAACACAACCGGGACAGCAGCCAGGUGGUGGCGUUCCUGUUCCUAGCGUGUUUCAGGUUGCUGCAGAUGAUAUUCCCCCACAGUUACGUUUUCCUCAUCCUAUACGUUCAUCAGCUUCAUCAGCUUCCUCAAUGGGUCACCGCAGCAUCUCGCUUCCUGUACAACGUGAUCACCGGCUAUCCGGUGCAGGUGCAGGUCCCGUCCCAACAGGUGCUGUUGUGGUCUCGGAGAUGUUAGAGCCGAAUGCGUUUGGCCGUGUUGGUGCUUCUUUCGGCAAAGUAUUGGUUCUUACAGAUGUAGAUGAUACUCUAUGGUGCUCGGGAUCUAUGGCUGCUUUUGGUAAACAUAUUGGUGGUAUUGACAGUGAGUUUGCUCGUGGGCUCCCCUAUCCUGCAAUAGGUACUUUGCUCUUUAUGCUUGCAUUGGGGCCUCAUACAUGUACCCCCAACGGCUUGCGUAUUCCUAUAGAGCAUUGCCCUGUACCCCUUCACUCUCCGCAGACGGAGAACUGCCCAUACGACGUGCAGCAGUUCUCACCCCAGUAUGUUUUGCCUCGACAAGCUGGCGUUCUUUCAGCGAGGGUUUCUACUUCUCUCUUUGCCCAGUUGACGCGCCCCCCUUCCUUUUUCAAGGAUAUAGAUGCAAUAUUCACAAGCGGUGUGCGGCAGCUGUACGGUGCAAGCGCCCCGCGCUGGCCUUUGGGUUAUCAGAACCAGAUUAAGUUUGCCCAAGUUCUUGCUUCACAGCAUUCACGAGGAGAGGCCAAGGUGCGGGGGUUUACAGAGGCAUUGAGCAGUGGAGGGCCCGCAGUUGUAUUGGGGGAUACGGGGGAGAAAGACCCAGAAGCUGCAGCGGGAAUGGCUCUCAAGUACCCUGAAGGUGUUGUAGCCGCGCUGUUGCACUCCGUAUUCCUCGACAGACAAAAAGAAAUAGAUGCGGGGACGGGGAAAACAAGAAAAGAUAUGCCCAAACACAUGAUUCCCUUUGUUAUGCGGUAA